AUGGAUACACCGAAGUUUGAUACCGCGAGCGACUCUGGCUACGGCUCAAACUCCUCGAUUGCAAGCGGCCCUUUCAGCAACAUGAGCGACCAAGACUCAUUGAAUCGAUUGGAAGAGACUAAAGAACGACCGGUAGUUCUCAAUACAGGCAGGUGGCCUGUCAAGAAGAAGUUACUAGUUAUCAACAGAAGCAUACCCGAAGCUGCUAUUAAUCACCUCAAGGACUGGAAGAUUCUCUACGGCCAAGCUCUGUGGGAGUUUGUCACAGUCUCGGCACCUACUCAUUGCAACUCGAAAAUGGCAAUGAAGUUACGAUACCUCGGUGCGUCCGAAACUGAAUCCAGCCUAUACUUGAUAUUCUUCUGCGACAAGAAGAUUGCAAAGUACGUCAAACGGUUCGUGUCUCGGGCCCACGUGCAGGAGGACAUGCGAAACCAUUUUGUUCCGCAAGUCAUCUCUCAAAGCCCGGAACUUCUGAGGGGAGAUAAGGUGUUCUGCUCGGCAGAGUCUUUCUCAGAAGAAACUUGUUGCGGAAGAAGAGUGUACCUUCUCGGGACUCAACACGAACAAUCGAGAGUUGGAACUCUGGGCGGCAUUGUCAUGGCAUGGAGCGCAAAGGAUAUCCAGGCUUACGGGCUGACGAGUGGUCAUUUGUUUACCGAAAACGCGCCUCCUCUAAGCAAAGAGUGGUCCCAGAAGCCACUAGAUGACAGCGACGAUGACGAGUGGGAGGAUGAUAUCGAGCUCGACUUCGAUGCGGUCACAAUCACCUCAGACACAUCCAGUUCCGACCUCGCAGCUGGACAAGGCAACACUUUUGCCGAGAACGAUGGUUCUUUCAUUCCGGACGAGGUGUUUCUGCUGGGAACUCACCAGCCAGUUGACCCCGUCCUAUUCGGCACGCCGCACAAAGCAGGAGAUUGGGCGCUGGUCAACAUUGAUGACCCAAUGGCAGUCCGCCCAAACAUAGCUCGAGGGAGUGCAGACGACACGUUCCCGCGCAUGUUCUUGGAGACCCUCGCGGAACCGCACUGGGGCAGCUCCUUCGACGACUGUGCAGACGUUGCAGUCAUCACCUGCCACAAAACUCUGACAGGAUCACUCCGCCAGAGCGGAAGCACAAUCUCUGUUGGGCCAAGCGCCCCGUUUGCCGACAUGUAUGAUUUGAGCGUGGCUAACGGAGCGCUACUUCCUGGCGAUUCCGGCGCGUGGGUAGUCGACGCGAAGUCGGGAGAUGUUUACGGGCAUGUCAUCGCCAUUGACGCCCUUGGAGAAGCCUACGUCGCGCCCAUGACGGAUACGCUCGAGGAAAUUCGCGGUGCUCUCGGCGCGGACACUGUGAAAUUGCCGACGCAUCACGACGUGUGGGAGUACAAGUACAAAAAAGGCCGGAAUGAUAUUCAAGACUGGGGCUCAGAAGACUGGCGUCAGAGCCUACACGCCAGUCACCGAGACCCGCGCAACAAGAACCCGAGCAGCGAUGAUGAAAGCACCAGUUCUGUGGAGCUCGCUACGAGACCCCGCGCAGCAGUCGGUUUGCUGUCCUUGAUGACCCGUUCCCAGAGGCGCCAGCCUAUGCAGUCAUUUCCGCACGACCUCCUCGACAGUCCGUCCCUGAUGAUGCGCGACCGAAACGCGGAUAACAUCGCCCAAAGCGCGAACUCGGAGCGCUCCUCCCAGCCUGGGACUCAGCCCGGUAGCGUAGCGUCCUCGGACGCGGGCAGCCGUGUCGGCAGCGUCUUUUCCACCGGGAAUACGACCAUAUGCAGCAGCUGCCUCAGCUCUUGGGGCGGCAGCCCCUUCCCUUCGAGGCGGAGCCUGUUGGCUCAUCAAUCGGGCAACCGCAUGGGCGUGGCCUUGCCGUCCCAGAAGGCCCAGGGUAGCGGUGUCGUCAUUGUUAAAGAGGGCAGUACCCGGCGAGAGCGUUGGCCGCCCACGAGUCAUCCCGUGACCAACCGAGAUGAGAUGACGGCCGGGACGGCCGAGAACGCUGCGGCCUUCGGGACCGGAAACCCCGAUAUUUGGCACCCUGAGGGUGGCGCCAACAGCAACCCGGCUACACGUACGAACGCCCAGGAUGUAGAAUCUCGACCGGAGCAGAGUGACGAUUCGCCGGAAAACCUGAGAGAUGCCCACUCGAACUUUUGUGCAUGGUGA